AUGCUGGUUAUCACAGUCCUGCUGGCUGUCUUUGGCCUUGUCAGAUGUCAGGAGUUACCAACAUAUGACCUGUUGGAAGAGUUUGGCUUGUCCGAGUCUAGAGGGGUGAGAAGGGUCAAUGGGUCUGAAGCUGACGCGGUGGCGUACCGUGUUAACCCGUCCCUCCACCUCAAGAAGAGCACAAGCAACAUCUACCCGGGCGGUCUGCCAUCUGACUAUUCUGUCAUCGCCACCUUUAAAGUGCCCAAGGACACAGCUAAAACAUCCUGGAAUCUGUGGCAAGUCAGUGAUCCUGAAGGCCGGGACCAGGUGGGCCUUCGUUUUCAGGGCGACACUAGAACCCUGGACUUCUUCUACACCAGCCCGCAAGGCACACAGAUGCUGCGGACCUUCCAGAGGGUGAAAAAACUCUUUGACGGUGAGUGGCACAAGCUGGCAUUGAGUGUAAAAGGAGAGCAGGUGAAGCUGCUGGUGGACUGUGAGGAGGUCAGCGUGGAGCCGCUGGAUGAGCCGCGGCCUGUGAUCCGUCAAGGUUUUACCUCCAUCGUCAAGAGGGCAGUAGGUGACCGCUCGGUUUCGCUGGAUCUGCAAAAGAUGGAGGUCUCCUGCGAUGCUGAUCAAGCUUACUCUGAAGGCUGCUGUGAACUCUCCAGUGUGUGCGGAGGAUAUGCUGAGAUUGGUUUAACUGCAGGAAGAGGAAGAGCCACUUGUAAAUGCGUACACGGACAGCCGGGUGUCCAGGGACACCCAGGACCCAAGGGUCACAUAGGCCUGCCAGGAAAUCCGGGAGAUCCAGGCAGAGUGGGAAACUGGGGGAUACGUGGGAACACUGGAGAUUAUGGACAUAUAGGAGAACCUGGGCCUAAGGGUGAAGGCGGCAUCAAAGGAGAAAAGGGCAUGAGAGCACCUCGUGGUCGGGAGGGUGACAGAGGACCCAAAGGUCUGAAAGGGCUAAUAGGAGCUUCAGGUCAUAAGGGAGUGCGAGGGUCACCUGGAGAGAGGGGUGAAACUGGCCAGCAGGGGGAAGUUGGUGCAGCAGGAGAAUGGGGAUACGAAGGGAUUGUGGGCUAUCAGGGCGUGAAGGGAAACGAAGGCUUACCCGGAGUUGAAGGAUCUCGAGGGCCACGGGGUCGCCAGGGGAUUGUGGGAGAUCCCGGUGAACGAGGAACAGCUGGAGAAAAGGGAAAGCUAGGUAUUCAAGGCCCAAAAGGAAAUGUUGGUGGGAUUGGGGAAAAGGGUAUAGUUGGUGAUCCAGGCUUGCUAGGGCGAGAUGGAGAUACUGGGAUUGAGGCUUAUCAAGGACCACAGGGACCUGAGGGAAGACAUGGACAAGUUGGUGAAAGGGGUGAAAAAGGCGAACAAGGGCCUUCGGGGGAAAUGGGCCCUCCUGGACUAACAGGGCCGCAAGGUUACAAGGGCUCUGCUGCAAAGCCAGGAAGACCAGGAUUUAUUGGGCCCCCUGGAAGAACGGGGCACAUGGGAAUACCCGGCAGACCAGGCCCCAAGGGGAUACGUGGGAACACUGGAGAUUAUGGACAUAUAGGAGAACCUGGGCCUAAGGGUGAAGGCGGCAUCAAAGGAGAAAAGGGCAUGAGAGCACCUCGUGGUCGGGAGGGUGACAGAGGACCCAAAGGUCUGAAAGGGCUAAUAGGAGCUUCAGGUCAUAAGAUAUGGUUUUCUGAGCGCACACACAUGAAACGCGCGCACAGAAAGCCGGCUAUCACACGGACAACCAUGGCUUAA